AAACGAGCGCUCCCCCGUCGCUCCGCUCGGAAACUUUCGCGUCUCCGGCGCCGCUUCGUGCGUCGCGGGGACGUCGCGCGCUCCGCUCGUGUUCGCGAGAAGCAGGGCGCGUUUGUUGAAGUGUUGCCGUUUGCGCGCUCGGAUUUGUGCGCGCGUGGACGCGUGCGUGGACGCGUGCUCCUCUCUCCCGCUCUGGAGACUGGACGUGCGGAUGGUAGCGGGUCGUUGAGGAGGGAAACCUGUCCACGGCGAAGACACUGAUGCGGCGUCCUCCUGUUACGAACGCACACGACACAUGGCCGACACUGGGAGACGGAGGAGGAGAGAGAGACUCCAGGAGUGACACCGAUCCAGACACUGACUCACAGAGGGGAAGGAGGCAGCUGGCCAUCUGGGCUUGGUCCCCCGCUAUUCCGCAGCUGUGUUGGAGCACUUUUCAGCGUCGUCGGGACUUUGCAAACCACAGAGUGAGAUAAGGGGUUCCUUCCGACGCCUGAUUGCCCAGGGGAUGAGCCCAGGCUGGGGCGAUGUUAAGGCCUCGCUGGCCUCGGAUCAAGCCCUCGGGGCUGCUUCCGUGGAGGGAUGGGUGAUACCCCAGCUGGAUCCUCUGCUGUCACCAUUCUCCAGGGCUAUCAUUAGUGGCUAAUGAGCUGCUGCUAGGGAGGAAGUGGAAAAGGUGCCUGUGGAGAAAGGAGGAACCUUCCAGCUGUUAUUGAGAGGCCCAGACUUCUCCGACAAGGAAUUCUUUACUCUUUAAAGCUCCAUUGGGUGCACGCACGGAAAGAUACCAAUUUUGGAAGUUUAUGUUGCUUAAUUUUUGCUACUUGUCAUUCUGGAGGUAAAAGACAUCAUAUUUCAUUAGGAUUUGUUUUCAACUCAAUGUUUUUUUUUCCCCGUUUGAUAUUAUAUUACCUUCCUGGGCCCUGAAGCACGCUGGACGUCAUGGCAGCAGCCUAUCGCGUGGUGGUGAGCAGCGUGAGCUGCUACAACAGCGUGGUGGUGGACCGGCGCUCCCACUCCCACGCGGUGCACUACUGCUCCGGGCCAUGUGGGGCGCUGUCCCAGGGACUGGACUGUACUGUUGCGCACCGCGGCACCUGCUCCGAGCUGCUGGUCGCCCCCGACCCGGCGUACGCCGACGCCAACGGUUCACCCGUGCACUCCCGUAGCACGGCCACUCAGCAGCUUCCCGGCCAUGGGAAAAUGAUCAUCUCUGUGGAUGCGGCCUAUAACGGUGGCCUGGAGAGGGCCGGCAGCAGUGGUAAUUUGUCUCUGGGGGAAGACAGUCCCACGUGGCGCAGUAAAAAGACCCCAAGUUGCGGCGGGUCGACUGGGAACCUGAGCUCGUCUGGCUCUCUGAAGGACAUUACCGAGGAGGCCAUAAAUCUGGCCAGUGGGAAGCUGAAAGAGUUCUCCUUCGAUAAGCUCCGCAUCUCCUCUACCAGCCACGUCACCUUCCGGAAGGGUCGCAAGGUCCGCCCCGACUCCUUCAGCCGUCGCUCCACUGACCUGGAGAUCAUUUACGGCAACUUCAGCUCCAGCGUCGCCGCUAACGGAGCGACUCAUGGCGGGACGAGCGGCGCGGCUAACGGCGCGGCGACGCCUAAUGACGAGAACACGCCGCCGUUUCUGCUCGGCAAAGGCAUGGGGCUGGAGGAGGCGAAGCACAAGUCCAACUCCAGCAGCUUGUCAACCAUCACCAAAGUGAGCACCGGCUCCGCAAGCAGCCUGUCGAGUGUCGGGUCACUAGACCAAAGUCUAAACACAGUGGCCUCCUUGUACCGCAGCACCCUGGGAGAAGAGAACCUGAUAGCCCGUCUUCUAGAGAAGACUCGGGCCGAGGGCGCCGGGGGUGCAGGUGGGGAGGACAUCCGUGCCUGCCUUGAUAUCCUGCUUAAAUGUUCGGAAGACCUUAAGAAAUGCACCGACAUUAUCAAGCAGUGCAUCAGACGCAAAGCUGGCGGCGAACCGGAGGACGGGGGAGCAAGUCCCGACAGCAUGUAUCGGGCGGUGAUGUCCCGGCUCAGCUCGUAUCUGAAGAGGCUGCCGCUGGAGCUGGAGGGCAUCGGAGGUUUGGGUGGGACCUCAGCUGGGAGUGGGCACAGUGACCUGGCUGAGCUGGUGAACACCCUUCACUCCAUCCAGCAAGGACCCUACUCUCCAAUAUUUGGCAAUGAGCAGCCUCCACGCUACGAGGAUGUGGUGCAAUCGCCUCCCAUCCCAAAGACUGUCCCCACCUCCACUUCAUCGUCCGCCUCGUUCACUUUGAAAGUGGACUCUACCCACACCAAACCAGUCCACAGCUCCACAACCAGUGCUCUUACCAAUGGGUUACAGCAUCCGCACCCUUCUUCAGCUCAGCACACGCUCUCGCCCCCGUCUGCCACAUGCUCUUUGUCCAGUUCCCCCUCCUCCCCUCUGCGCACCUCACCGGUCUCCCCUCACGCACACACUCCUCCAGCGUCCCCCAUGGAGGCCCUCUACAUCGAGGAGGAGGAAGCAGAUGUAAGCAAGAUACCGGAUCUGAUCUCACAGCAGACGCCGCACACUCACGCAAGAGGAGUGAACUCUAUUCAUAACAAAAACGGGACUGACUUCAGUCAGCACAUGCAUCUAUCCCAGUCACACACAGUCCAUAACUCUUCAAAUAGUUGGCCCUCCUCUUCCUCACUGACCGUCACGGCCCCCAAAGCUGCGUCUCACAGGAAUGACGAUAUUGACAAGCUGCUGAUGGACUUGGAAAACCUCUCCCACAGUAUGAGCCACCCCAGAAACGCCGAACCUCCUCUUCCAGCUAAGACCAGAAAGAGAGACGGGGGCCAGAUGAUGGCCUCCACUGGUGCCCUUGCUCAACCCAAAAUGACUCCGCUGCAAGUCCAGCAGCCGGCCGGACACUUGGCCACAAACGGCCCCAGCUCCAGACCCGCCUCGAGCAGCGCUCCUCCUCAUGGAGAGGGCAGAGAAGCUGUGGUAGGAGAGGAGGAGGACGGGGCCUUGCUGCUGAGGAUCCUGGAGAGCAUUGAAAGCUUUGCCCAGGAGCUGGUGGAUUCUGGAGCCGGGAGCACAGGGAGCGCGGAAAGGAACAGUGGGAAAGAGAGGGAGGUGAUGAGACUCCUGCAAGAUACGCUGGCUACUACCGCCAGGGCUGACGAGUCUACGGAGAGCACACACGCACCUGAUCCCGCUGCUCCAUCCACGCCCCCACAAGCAGUCCCAGCUAUUCCAUCAAAGCACCCCCUGGAAAAAGCACCGUCACCUGAAGAUGUCUGCAGUUCUGCACCUGAACUUGCACCGAAGCCCACAGUCGAAGCCCCCAAACCGCCGCCUACACUCGUCCCCGAGGCCACGACUGAGGCCGCGGAUGACGAAGUCGGAGAAAUCCUCGCUGGCGACGUCCCUGCUCCAGCUGGCGUGCAUUCCUCCUCGCAGUCAGUGAACGCACCGGCUGCCGUGGCCACGAAGGACGCUGCCGUCGCCGGUGGUGACCUCGGCUCAGGCCUCCUCAUCCAGCAGACCCCAGAGGUGAUCAGAGUCCAGUCCAAACCAGACAAGAAACCUGGCACACCUCCUCCGGCCCCUGCCCCAGAUAGCCCCCCGCCCACCCCGGCAUCGCCCUCCCCCAGCCCUCCCCCAGCGCCGGCGAUCGUCACCCCUCCUCCCCCUGCUAUCAACAUUCCCCGGUUCUACUACCCCCGCGGGCUGCCCGCCCUGGGCCCGGCCGGCGGCCACGAUGCGGCCAUCGCCGCCGUCGAGGCGGCCUUCGCUGAGUUCGAGGAGGAGAAGGCGGACAUCUACGAAAUGGGCAAAAUCGCAAAGGCGUGCGGUUGUCCGCUUUACUGGAAGUCCCCCAUGUUCCACGCAGCAGGCGGCGACAGGACGGGCUUCGUGUCCGUGCACUCCUUCGUCGCAACCUGGAGGAAGUUGCUGCAUAGUUGCCAUGACGACGCCUCCAGGUUCAUUUACCUGCUGGCCAAACCAGGCUGUAACUUCCUGGAGCAGGAGGACUUCAUUCCUCUGCUGCAGGACAUAGUGGAUACUCACCCCGGGCUCACUUUCCUGAAGGAUGCGCCUGAAUUCCAUUCCCGCUACAUAACAACGGUGAUCCAGCGGGUGUUCUACGUGGUGAACCGUUCAUGGACCGGUCGCGUCACCAUGAUGGAGCUGCGGAGGAGCAACUUCCUGCAGACGCUGGCGCUCCUGGAGGAGGAGGACGACAUCAACCAGAUCACAGACUACUUCUCCUACGAGCAUUUCUACGUCAUCUACUGCAAGUUCUGGGAGCUGGACACGGACCAUGACUUGUACAUUGAUCCCAAAGACUUGGCGAGAUACAACGACCACGCGUCAUCAAACCGAAUAAUCGAUAGACUGUUUUCAGGGGCUGUUACACGGGGUAACGCUGUGCAGAGAGAAGGCAGGAUGAGCUACGCUGAGUUUGUCUGGUUCCUCAUAUCUGAGGAGGAUAAGAAGAAUCCCACCAGUAUUGAGUACUGGUUCCGGUGCAUGGACGUGGACGGCGACGGCGUCCUGUCCAUGUUUGAGCUGGAGUACUUCUAUGAAGAGCAGUGUGAGCGGAUGGAGAGGAUGGGCAUCGAACCCCUGCCCUUCCAGGACCUGCUCUGCCAGAUGCUUGACCUGGUAAAACCUGACAGCUCAGGUAAAAUAACCCUGAGCGAUCUGAAGCGCUGCCGGAUGGCUCACAUAUUCUUUGACACCUUCUUCAACCUGGAAAAAUACCUGGACCAUGAACAGAGAGACCCGUUUGCUGUGCAAAAGGACAUUGAUAGUGAAGGUCCAGAGCCGUCUGACUGGGAUAAAUACGCCUCAGAGGAGUAUGAGAUACUGGUGGCAGAGGAGACUGCAAAUGAGCAGCUACACGAGGGGUCGUUUGACGAUGACUAUGAAUCGGAGGAGCUUCAAGUCCCUGGAGAAAUUGGGAAUAAGAUAGACAAACUAGUAAUAUCAGACCUGUCAGCGUAAAGUCUCAGUCUGGAAUUCCUGGACCUCUUUUUUCUGGAAAAAAUGUGACAGGAAUCAUGCAGGAAGAGUUUCGCCUCGGAUGGUUUUGCUCUGAGAAUGAUGGAUUUUGGGCUUCUGGCAUGUCGUGACCAAGGAGUCUUCCCAGAACGGACUCGUCAGUUUGGUGUCGGUCAAACUCUGGUGCGUAACAGUGGCAUCUGCUCCCAUGCAGAUAACAACGAGGAUCCCUCCACGUUUUCACCCCCCAUGUGUGAAUAAAAGGAUGGAGGCUGAGGCGCUCAGCCGGUCUCUGGAGGUGAUAACCAAGUUUCAUUGUGAAUCAGUUAAUGACAAUCCUGCCUGAAGACAAUCAGUUGUGUUUUGUUUCUGGGUUAAUGGCAGAAUGUGACACUCGAGCACCACAGUCGCUAUACUUUACUAUACUAUUCAGACAGUUGAAUCUAAUCCUUUAACGUGAUAAGUGGUUACAACAGCACCUCCCUGUGGCCGGUUUGUGCUACUGCACGUGGUGCAGUCAUGAUCGGCCAAGAGAGACAGAUCAGUUCUCUGCACCGUUUGAGCUGCUCUAUUCUUAGUGAUGACAUUAUCAGGCCUCCACCUCUGGACCCCCCAUCGCAUCGUCCCCCAACCUGACUACAUGGACUGUCAGGCUCCAGCCGUUCGCCUCAGCGAGGUCGGAGCGAGGACGCUGAGAAUGGAGCUCGGCGACACACACAUCAAACUCUCUGGUAGAGUUGACCGCACAUUUCCAUCCAUAACGUUUAUAUAAAAUUAAUUUUAUACCAGAAGAACUGUCCUUUUAUGUCUAGAGGCCGUCUGCUUUGGAAUACUAUGACGUCCAUGUAACACACAAACCCAACACGCCACUGAGGAUGCAGAAAACACGCUUUCACGCUCAAGUGGUGUUUUUGAUGAACGUGAACUUUCUAUCGAACAACGAAUUUUAACUUUAAUAUUUAUGUAUAAUCCAGAAUAACAGCGCAUCUACUGCCAAGAAAUGAUUCUGCUGAUAUUCUUUCAAGUCGUUUUUCCAUGUCUUGAGCCUCACAAAUCAAAUUCCAUUCGCACCCGCAUAGUACUGAUACAGUAUGGAGGCAGCAACUUAACUGAAUUACCAGGAUUUUGUUUGUUCAUUUGUGUGCACUGACCCUUUAAACGAAUUACUUUCUAUGCUGCGCUCAUUUCAACAAGUGUGUGUGUGUGCGUGUGUGUGUACUCUGUCCUUAUUAUAAUAGCCAGAAGCCUCUGUUUGCUUGCGAAUUGCUCAUAGAGCAGCGUGUUUUAGGAGCAUCUGUUCCAGGCUGUUUACCUGUCUUAGGCGUUGCCAUGGCGAUGGUGUUGCCGGGGCUCAGUGAGCGUACUCACUUGCGUUACUCCUUCACGAGAAAGGGGGAAGCCUUUUGUGCGUUUCUCUUAAAUCCAUCACGCCCUUCGCUGACACACACACACACACACACACACACACACACACACACACACUGCUCUGCUGAUGUUAAUGACAGGGAGUAAGCGCGAUGGAGGAUGCCGUGAGGCCUGAUCCACACACUCUGCUCCACAGCCUUUCUAACUGUGCCUGACGGUGUAUGAAACUUCAUUAUUAUGACAGUAACAAUAUUAACAAGCCGCUAUACAGUCAAUGUAACGGCUCAGGUGUUGAUGUAUUUGAUGCUCUGUAUUGCUGUGCCACUGUGUGGCUUGGGAUGGGGGGUAAAUUAUGUUCGCUCUGUGUCUGUUUGUGUGUUCGACGCGCGGUGGCGCCCGUCAGCAGCACAGAGGAAACUCUCUGAAGGACUGAUCUGAAGCUCCGUCCACCUGACAAUCACAGACUCAAUCGAGACGCAUCCCAAACAGAAACGUUGUGAUUCUACCGAGACAGUAUUUCAGAAGAUGUGGACGACGGGAUGCGUCAGAUUCUAAACUUUCUGGCUCUAUGCAAAGCGUUGUGGUGCUCGCACAUGCAGCAGCGAAGGAGAGAAGCCAUUCAGGACCUUUAAUUUGAAAACAUAUCUCUUCUGUGGGAGGUAAAGAACCUUUAUUUUGAUGUGCUUCCUCUGUGCAGAGUAGGCUGAGAUGUAAUACAGAUGAAUUAUAAUGUUUAUGUUAUUGGCAUCUUCCUUCCUUCCUUCCUUCCUUCCUUCCUUCCUUCCUUCCUUCCUUCCUUCCUUCCUUCCUUCCUUCCUUCCUUCCUUCCUUCCUUCCUCCCUUUGCUUCCUUUUCUGUUUUUCUAUGUGUUGCUUUUGUAUGAAGUUUAAAAAUCUAAAUAAAGAUGUUUUAAGACCAAUUGUUA